AUGAAAAUAUCAUUGAUUCUUAUAUUUCUAAUCACAUCUUUAAAAAAUACAAUUACACAAAAAACAAAAAGAACAGAUAAUGAUAAUUUAUGGAAAAAUCUAAAUAUAGACCGUGUAAUUGAUCUUUCUAAAUCUUAUGUUGAAGAAACAACUACAAUCGUUAUUCAAAAUAUAGGAAGUACUCCUUUGAACGAAUAUUUCUGGAUUAUUAAUGACAAUAUAACAAAUAAAAUAAGUAGCAUUAAGGUAAAAGAAAAAAGUGAACAAACUUUGUUACUAGAUGUAGUUCCUGCAAAAAAAAGUCCCUUUAAUGAUAUUAAAUUAUAUAUCAUAAAAUUAUCUAAAUCAAUUCUCCCUAAAGAAUUAAUAACUAUAGAAAUAAAUGUGGUUAUAACAGAAACACUAAAGCCGCUUCCGCCAGUAUUUUCUCAGCAUGAAAAUCAACAUCUUAUCUGGGAAGGAUUAAAAUAUUCAUUAUCAGUAUAUCCUACAGAAAAACAAAAAAUACAUAUUAAAAUUGAUAGCAAAGAUGUUUUAUCAUAUUCUCGAUAUAAUGAAAAUAAUUCACCAAAUCCAAUUUUGUUAAAAUCACAUCUUAUUUAUAAUUUUCAUAAUACUAUAGAACCACUUAACAAAGAAACUAUUUUUGUGCAUUACAAAUACAAUGAGCCUAUUAUUAUUAUAAAAAAAUUAGAACGCGAAAUGGAAAUAUCUCAUUGGGGCAAUAAUAUUGCAGUAAAAAAUACAUACUCAAUAACUAAUGCUGGUACAAGACUUAAAGAAAAUUUUUCACGUAUAAAAUGGAGUCAACAAUUAUAUUAUAAAACAUUUCAAGCAGUAAUAUCUUCAUUAAAAAUCAACCUCAAAGCAGGAACUAGAGAUACUUAUCAUAUUGAUGAAAUCGGAAUUGUUUCUACUAGUGAAUUUGUGCCAAACCCAAAAAAUACACAUCUUAUAAUCAAACCUAGAUAUCCUGUAUUCGGUGGAUGGAAUUAUUCAUGUACAGUUGGAUGGAACCUAGAUUUAAAUAAAUUCCUGAAAAAGCAGAAUAAUGGAAUAUAUAUUUUAAAAAUACCUUUCAUAGAAGGGCCUAUAAAUGUUCACUAUAAAAGUAUAUCAGUAAAUAUUAUUCUACCAGAAGGAUCUAAAAUUUUAAAUGUUAUUUCGCGUAUUCCUAUUUCUAAAAAAGAAAUAUCGGUCCAUAAAACAUACAUGGAUAUAAUAGGAAGAACAUCAGUAAAAUUAUUUACUGAAAACCUAGUUGAUAAAAUGUCAUCAGAAGAUAUUUUUAUAAUAUAUAACUACUCAACACUAGAAAACCUUAGGAAACCUUUAACUAUUUCUAUAGUUAUUAGUUUAUUAUUCCUUAUUUCAUCAUUAUUAAAAAAACUCAAAAUCAAUUUCUAG